UGAAGCAUUCUUUUAUGGCUGCCAAGCUGCAUGGGACAGAGUGCCACUAAUCUGAGAAUGCAUGUCUGAUGACAGUGACAGUGAGUCUGUUGAUCGAGACGAGGAUGAAGAUAUAGAAGAGGAGGAACCCAACGUCAACCCAAUGCAAACGCCCGGCGGAAAGGCACGUCGUAAUGCGUCCUUGAAUGCAACAUAAGCUCUUCCCAUUGGCCGUGACGCCCCAAAACAGCUGCACGAGCUGGUUGGCUCGGACACGUUCUCGCAGCACGUGCGUAACUUUACCCCGAGCCCGGUCACCACCACCGCGAACCUAACCGCCGCUGUCCUAAAGAGGGGAAACCAAGUCCGGCCUGAACACACCGCACCGAUGGAGGCUCCUGCUCGGACGCCAAUUGAAUAUUUCGAGGGGGUGAGGGAGGAUUUGAAGGCGGGAGAAGCAGCUCGCCCCGCGCGCGGCUGCGGGGAUGCGUGGGGCGGUUGUCUGAAGAAAAUGAUCGAUUUUAUACCCCCCGACUACCGGAAAGAGAUGGUUCAACUCGUCAAGCUGGCGGGACCUGUGGUGAUUUCCCAGAUGAUGGUCUUCAUGAUCAGUUUUGUCAGCACUGUGUUCUGUGGUCACUUGGGGAAAACUGAACUUGCAGGAGUAGCAUUAGCCAUAGCGGUGGUCAAUGUCGCUGGUAUUUCCAUUGGAACUGGUUUAUCGUUAACUUGUGAUACCCUCAUAUCUCAGACGUAUGGGAGCGGAAACUUGAAGCGCGUGGGUGUGAUCCUGCAGAGGAGUGUACUGAUUCUGCUGCUAGCCUGUUUCCCCUGCUGGGCUAUCCUCAUUAACACCGAACCUCUCUUACUUGCUGUCAAACAGAGCCCAGAGGUUGCCAGUCUCGCCCAGCUGUAUGUGACAAUCGUCAUGCCUGCUCUGCCGGCUGCUUUUAUGUACCAGCUGCAAGGGAGAUAUCUUCAAAAUCAGGGAAUUAUAUGGCCUCAGGUCGUGACUGGAGUGAUUGGAAAUAUCGUCAACGCAAUCAUCAACUACGUCCUCCUCUACAUUCUGGAGUUGGGCGUUGCUGGAUCAGCUGCAUCCAAUGCUAUUUCACAGUAUGUGCUGGCUGUGGUCUUGUAUGCUUACAUCUGCUGCAGGGGUCUACACAAGGCCACAUGGGGAGGUUGGUCAAUGGACUGUCUCCAGGAGUGGGGACCCUUCGUCCAGCUGGCCAUCCCCAGUAUGCUCAUGCUUUGUCUGGAGUGGUGGAUGUUUGAAAUAGGAGGAUUCCUGGCCGGACUGAUUAGUGAGGCUGAGCUGGGAGCUCAGUCCAUAAUUUAUGAGGUGGCGGUUGUAGCUUACAUGUUUCCAUUAGGACUGGCUGCUGCUGCCAGUGUACGUGUUGGAAAUGCUCUUGGUGCAGGAAACAUAGAGCAGGCCAAGUUGUCUUGCAAAAUCCCCAUCAUUUGUGCACUCGUGAUCGCCUGUGUUGUUGGAGCCAGCCUCAGCAUUGCCAGAAAUGUCAUUGGAUACAUCUUCACAACAGAACCGGACAUUUUACAGAGGGUUUCUGAUGUCAUGGUUGUGUUCGUCUUCACGCAUCUUGCUGAUGCUGUUGCAGCUGUGUCUGGCGCUGUUCUCAGAGGAGCAGGAAAACAAUUGAUCGGUGCUCUUUGUAACUUGGUGGGAUACUACUUCAUUGGGUUCCCUAUUGGUGUGUCUCUAAUGUUUGCAGCAAACAUGGGCAUUGUAGGACUUUGGAUAGGGCUCACAAUUUGUGUGUUCAUGCAGUCGAUUUUCUUCGUCGCAUUUGUGUCCAAACUUGAUUGGAAGAAGGCCAGUGAAGAGGCUCUUGUGAGAGCUGGAGUCCAGAUCAAAGUAGAAAAAGAGAUCGUCGUGGGGGGAAAUGCAGACACAUAUCAGAACCAGGCUACUCCUUCCAGCGCUGAGGAGGACAACACAAAUGAGGAGUUGCCUUCUCCUGGCCAGAAUGUACCCAACACCACCACAGUGGGCGAUAUCCUAUCCAAAACCCAGCUGGUCCUACGCCGUGGGCUGACUUUGCUGAUCAUGGUCCUCAUCCUGCUCGCUGGAAUCUUUGCAAGCAACCUCCUCACCAGGCUGCUGAAAUGAGUCCUCAGCUGGAAUACAGCUGGCAGCCACACCGAUGUGCUGUCAGGAUCUGUGGCGUCUUCGGGCCGUGGAACCGCACUUUCUAGUCGACAAUGAAUUACGUUAGUAGUGAGUGGGUUACUAUUAAUCGCACGGAUGACCAACCCCCCCGGAGCCUGCUGCUUUGGACUCUUUUAGCCAACAACCCUCUCGUUUGGGACUGGACAGCCGCUCUGUUGCAGAGAAUCAGACGAGGCAAACUGAGCGGAACAACUGGCAAUCCAGAAAGCCCCAGAAUUCACAUCCUCUUUAACAAGCACUAGUAAAGAUUAUUAAACUGAUAAAUAGCUUAAUAUAAAUGAGCCGCUGAAUCUUGACUAUUGCACAAAGGAAAUGUUGACUUUGAACGGUUUGAUUAAUAUUGCCCGAUGAAAAGUUCCUAUUGAAGCGGUUUUGAUCGUUUUGAGGUUUGACAGCACUUCAGUUUCCCCCCUUCACGCACAUAAGGUGUAGCAGCCCCUCACAAAAGAAGGGCAUUAAAUAGCCCCAUGCAACAGUAUUAGGGUUCAUAAGGUCAUUUUUUAGUUUUGUAUUUUUAUAGUUUGGCAAUGGAAGACCUCUGCCAAUGACACCCGUCGCUGCACCAUAAGAACGUAGCUUCGUAAAAGUGUACAGAUUCUACUACUAAACCAUUGGAAGAAUUUAAAAAAUGAUAUAGUAUAUGGAAAGAGAAAACAGAAGUAAGAGAAAGAAAGAGAUCAAGAAAUGAUGGAACAGAACAACAACAAGAAGGGUCAAAUCCUCCCAAAGCUGAAAUUAUACUUGUUAGAAAAAUCUUUAAAGCGAACAUUUAUUAAUAACACUUGCGAGUAGGAGACGAGACAUUAUUGCCUAAGAUAAAACAUUGUAUAAGUUCUUCCUAAAACACUGCGAAACCUAUUUUUUCUUUUGUACGAGGAACACAGUGUUCCAUAUUACAGCCAACACUCAACAUUCCCCGGGUGAAGACGACGAACGACUCUAAAGGCACCAUGACCACUACAAACCACAAACUGUAAACCUGGAGGAUUUCAUCACCAGACGCAGAGCCAUUACAGCAGAGAAACUUAGACUCAAGUGAAGAGUCCAGAGAGCCACUUCACAGAAUUCCAGAGAACGUCCACUGAACGUCCACUUUCGUGCCAUCAAUGCGACCACUUUUGGAAGAAGAGUCUGCAUGGAGCAACCACAGGGGGCGGUGGGAGGGGCGGAGCCUUGAGAGGGACCAACCCACGCACACGCGUCACAGCAGGCAGGGGGAGCUAAGCCUGGAUUCUGCUGAGGACAAACUGGUACAUGGAGUACUUGCGUCAGAACCCAGACGAAAUUGCGUUAACUAUUACAGGAAAAAAAUGUCAGAAUGCCUCACGCAGGCUGAUUCACUACAUUUCACAGCUAGUUGGACUAAAUUAAAAUAUUUGAGGAAGUAACGAAUGGAAGAGAGGAACAAAAAGAUGGAGUAGUUCUGUGUGAUGGACAUUUAUUGGACAGAGAAUGCAACUGCUGUCUCUGUUUCUCUGUCUUUGGCACAAUGUGAGUUGUAUAAUGUGCGCCCUCGGCACAAGACCCAGGAAGGGAAUGGAGGGACAUGUCUGACCAGCUGCUGAGUCAAACUCACUGACUUCAGUCACACAGAGCAGCAACACAAGUUUCCCAAUCUGCAAAGUGUGCAAGGCUGGCACACAGAAAUCAGUGUGGUCAAAUCAGAUGUGCAAUAACCUAAGUAACGGGAAUGGUAGGGCACAACCUCUGCGGGGUGGCGUGGCCUUAGAGGUUCAAUGUGUUUUCUGUUCUUCUGUGUGAUAGUUUCCUAUCAUAUUGGUAUAUGACAAACCAUGAAAGCCACAUAACAAACAACCAAAUGCAACAAAUGGCAUCGCCCCAAAAUCAACACCAGCAACAUCAUCGGGUUGAUGUUAGCAUUCCCUAGCUGCUCGCUGCUACAUAUCAUGGCGUACGAUUUGGUAGAACAGCUAUUAAUUUAUCCUUGCGGAUUAAUUACAUGCAUUUGAAACCAUUUUGAGUAAUAUGUCAAUAUGCCCCUGACUGACAAUUGGCUACAACAAAGUUUGUGGUUCCAUUGCUGCAGUUUUUCUGUCCACACGUCACUAAG